AUGUCGUUCAAAAAGUGGCUCUCCAGGAGUGACAAAUCGAGCAAGCAGAAAGCGGCGGCUGAACACGGGCUCGAGGAUUCCGCUGCCAAGCCCGCUGUUCCUGAAAACGCGGCGGAAAAGACUGGCAAAAGCGACACGUCGCUGGGAGAUAAACUACUGAACGUUAUAGUACCGUCGGGUGGUUCCAAGGCAGCGUCCUACCCAGACCGUCAAUCGCCGGUUCUAGCGAUGGAAGAGCGCCACCAUGGACAUCGCGACUUCAGUGGGGCGUCAAAUGAUCCUAAGAGUGCGUCUUCAUUUGCCAUAAGCGACUCCGAUGAUCCGGAGUUCGAGUACGAUCUUUUUCCUUUACUACGCCCGGAAACCAGUAAGCUUUUGCCCUACGGGGACGGCUCAAACAAAGUAUUUGGAUACGAAAACUUCGGCAACACUUGUUAUUGCAAUUCCGUGCUCCAAGUGAUUUACAACCUUCCGGAAUUACGGUCUCAUAUACUUCAGUUUCCACCCAAGGAUCCAGCUGUUCCUAGGAAACGAAAGACCCAUAUGCCGGGCCUGAAGCCUAGAAUCUUUGAUGACACUAGCUUUAUUUUACCAACGAAUGGCAGCGAUCACUCCAGGAAAGGUAGUAAUUGCAACGGCAACUGUUCCAGUAAAGACACAGGACCUCGCAAGAAUUCUAAUCCGCCAUCUAGGGAUAGAGAAAGCUUUAAGUCAGCUACUAGCCCUAGAAGCUACAGAUCCCAUAGUUCUGCCACUGUUCACGGUACCGUGAUGGCUUCAGACGCCAUAACGGAAAAGCUACAUGAAGGAUAUACAAGGAUUGUUGUGGGUCGUACCGGGGGAAAAAGUGGCAAAAAAGCCUACCACCAAGAAAUUCCAACUCUUUCCAGCUCAGCACCGACGCCAGGUUCAUCGGUACCGUCUUCGUCAUCGAAUUCGUCAGUUGGUUCAUCUACUAAACCAGAAGAAACCUCAAGCGAAGAACGCAAAAAAGCCGCUCUCAUAAAAGGCCCCGUAAUCAACGUGGAUCAUUCUUUUACUGAAAAUGUCCCAGCUAAUGAGAAAGCUGGGCUAUACACUGCUGUAAAGGACCUGUAUGAAAGUAUAACGGAAAAUAUCUGCUUGACAGGAGUGGUGUCUCCGAUACAAUUCGUGGAAACCUUGAAACGGGAGAAUGUCUUAUUCAGCACGAUGAUGCACCAAGACGCCCAUGAAUUUCUAAAUUUUUUGCUGAACGAAAUCAGUGAUUAUCUCGAUGCCCAUCGUGGCAAGGAGCUCGAAGACGGCGAAGGAUCGGAAAGCAAAGAGGCGAACUUCAUAGAUCAACUGUUCAAAGGAACGUUAACUAACAGGACAAGAUGUCUAACUUGCGACAAUGUGACAUACCGUAACGAGCCAUUCCUGGAUUUCGCCAUCGAAGUUCAUGAGGAUAAGGAUACCGAUAUUCAAACGACACUAUCAGAUUUUCACCAAAAGGAAAUGCUCAAUGGAGCAAAUAAGUUUUACUGUGACGAAUGUUGUGGAUUACAAGAAGCAGAAAGGGUCGUCGGUUUAAAGCAGCUGCCAUUCUAUUUGGCUUUACACAUGAAGAGAUUCAAGUACUCUGAAAAACAUAAUUGCAAUGUCAAGCUGUUCAAUAAAAUACAUUACCCACUAACUCUCAAAGUUUGCUCAACAUUUGAUUCGUCAGUUUGCAAACGGUAUGAACUCGUAGGGCUCGUUGUUCAUAUGGGCGGAGGACCCCAUCAUGGGCAUUACGUCUCACUAUGCAAAACGGACAAAUUUGGUUGGCUUCUAUUUGACGAUGAGACUGUAGAAACAGUUAAUGAGUCUACGGUUCUAAAGUUCAUGGGUAACUCAGAUGAUCUUACAACAGCGUACCUACUUUUCUACAAAGAAAUGUCCGUCGUCGAUGAAAAGGCGGAUGGUCUCGACAAGCGGCAAAAGUAUGCCGAAGCCGUUGAUGAACUUGUUAGACUUGACGAAAAGAUCAGAUCUAACAUGGAAUGUAAUAGAACGGAUCAUUCAUGCGGAUUGGGAGAUGUUCCUGAGGGACGCAACAUACGGGUGAAAUCUUCUUCUAAGGGAUCCAGACGGCGAUCCAGAUUGUUUAGUUUCAAAAAAUCAACAAAGGAAUAA